AUUGCUUUUUAUUCUAAAACCUACCGCCCACACCAAAACCAUCAUUCUCUCCAUCACCCCCUUUUUAUACUCCCAAUCCCAAUUUCCUCUUCCCAAACCCUAAUCUUCGAUUCCAUUUCAAUUCUAACUAACAAGUCAUUAAUUUACAAUCAACAGACCUCAAUUGAAAGAGAUUCUUCAUCUGUUUGGUUGAAAUCAAUUGAAUUGUCAUAUACCGUUCGAAUUUAGGGUUUCGUCUGGUUGUUGAUUGAUUACGUAUGGGGUUAGAGGACGCAGAUCGUCUAGAUGAAGGAACUAAAGCUGGUUUCUUAAUUUCUUGUUCGAUUUGUCUGGAGGAUGUUACGGAUUGUGGAGAUCGUGCUUUUGCGAAGCUUCAUUGCGGACAUCAGUUUCAUCUAGAUUGCAUUGGUUCCGCAUUUAAUGUGAAGGGUAUUAUGCAAUGUCCCAACUGUAGAAAAAUCGAGAAAGGUCAAUGGCUUUAUGCAGACGGUAGCCGAUCAUAUGCCGAAAUAAACAUUGACGACUUGGUUAAUCCUGAAGAUGUUUAUGAUCUGACUUAUCAUGAAUCAUCGAUGUGGUGCCCAUAUAGUGAAUUUUCUCGGCUUGCUGCUGCUGUUGCUAUUGAUGAAGUGGAAUUUCCCACAACUGGAUACAAUGAAAUUGUUGGACAGCAUGCUGUUUUUGGCGACCAAUCAGCAACGGUUUCAUCUGCCGCUCGUAUAUGCCCAUUUAUCGCCUAUGUUCACCCCUCAACCCCUAGUGCAAACGUAGGAGAUGGAGGUAGGUAUAAUAAUAAUAAUAACCGAUGGAACAACAGCCAAUCGGAAAUACCCAACUCAUACAGCUUCCCCACCAUGGAUGCCCAUUAUAACGCCCAUGUUGACCAUCCCCGUAUGCCAACAAGGACUAAUAUCGAUAUGCCAACUUCGGGAUCUUAUGUGCAUCCGUUUCUUUCUGGCCAAAGUUCUUCGACGAGAGGUCCCGGCUCAAUUAGCUCGGUAAUGAAUCCUCACCCUGAUAGUGGUGCACGCGCAUGGGAGCGUUCACAGGCUCUUGAGGCUUAUUAUCAGCAACCAAGCGCGCGUAUGGCACGUAGACCAAACACUCAAGUCCAAGUGGGUUCAUCUUCUGACCAGACUCAUGGUGUUUAUUAUCCACCAUCUUCUAGAAGCUUCCAUGAUGCAGACAACUCAAUGGUGAAUCCAUUUCACCAUGCAUUGGAAAGAGAACCACCACACCCGCACCCAUACCCGUACCCGCAUGAGACAGUUCCCUUUCACCAGCCAGGUGGUGGGUCGGCUAGACAACGCCAUGGUUCGGCGAGGGUUCAUCCAUCUCAUGGUCAGUAUUGGUCAUAAGCGGUUAAUUUUGGUUACCAACUGUCUGGACUCCUAGAGAACUUUUUAAGGUAUCUCGUUUGUAGGAGUGUUGGUACUUUUUAAAACGUUCAUCUUGUGGCUAAGUUUGAUGUGAUCAACUUUAGACUUGAAAUAUCAGUCGGGAAUUUGUCUAUUAAGUUUGUUGAAAGUUAAUGGGGUGUUUCGACAUUGUAAAAAGUUCAUAUAUUUUAAGGAUUUUGGUAAAUUUCGGUUA